AUGUCGUCGGGGUAUCGGGUGACGAUGUCAGAGCGGGUGAUGUCAUCAGGUGUGUUCGUGGUGCAGGUGUGUGCAGACCUUCUGUCCCGUGGACGAGUGGAGGUGAGGGCGGAGCUGUCGGACGGCAGCUUCCUGCAGCUGAACAGGACUGAUGAAGACUUGGCUCUGAUGAUGAAGAGGUUGGUGGACCGUUUCCUAGACGACGGAGAGACGCUAUCCUCCGACCUGCUCACAGGUCUGUUGGAGGUUCAAGCUGCAGAACAAAGUUCAGAUCCUCAAGUUAAAACUGUGGAGGUGAACAAACUGCUGACGGCCAUCGUCAACCUGCCACACCAGUUUUCUCGGUCCGAGGCAGUGCUGGCCUUCUUUGAGCCGUCUGACGUGGACCGGACCUUUAGAAAGGAGGAGGAUCAGACCUUAAACCAGCAAGAAGUCCAGACCCUCAGGCAGGAGGCAGAGAACCAGACCUUAAGACAAAACGAGGACCAGGAUCAUGAUGUCUUCCAGAGUCCGGUGGUUCUGUCAGAGAUCAUGAGGUCAAACGGUUUCUGUCUGGCAAACACUGAGACCAUCCUGUUUGACCUGACUCCGCCCACACACCCCGUCACCCAAUCAGAUGACUGCUCAGGCAGACGAAUGAGUGUUGGUUCUGCCGUCUGUCUGCAGCUCUGUCGUUCGUCUGUCUCUCCUCAUCUUCUGCGUGGUUUCACAGGGAUGAUGGGCAAACUGAUGAUGAGACGGAGCUUCAGGUCAACCCCGCCCCCUUGCCCCGCCCCCUCCACCUGCCGCUCACCUGGACUCAGGAGACGGACAUCCUGGACUGAAUGGACACACAAACAUCAGAGACACGGAGGGACGGAUUAG